AUGAUAGAGGCUCUUGAGGUCGCUGGAGUUAGUGGAGUGGUGCUGGGCAUCAAUUACCAACCAGAGAUAAGUUAUCAUCGCCACUCCUCCUUGCUACAUCUGCUGUUGUUAUUACUAGCAUUUGCUGCUGCCGUGUACGCUCUCAACGCACUUGCUCCCCAAGUUUCCGCCUUGAAGGCCUUUCUGAAAGUGGCUGCAACUUGCAAUGACUUGCAUGAGCUUCAAGCUUCUACCGUGGAUGCGAGGGACGAAACUGGGGGUCAUGUUUCUCAGGUUGAUUUUGAAGCCAUUUCACAGGGUUGUAGAAAAUUAGAAUCAAUUUUGUUUUUCUGUCAGACGAUGACAAACACAACUGUGGUUGCAAUGUCGAAGAACUGUCCAAAUCUUGUGGUGUUUUUUCUUUGUAUAAUUGGGGUGCAUCAUCAUGAUGCUGUGACACAAGAACCUGUGGAUGAGGGUUUUGGUGCUAUUGUUAUGAACUGCAAGAAGCUCACACUUGCUGUAUCUGGUAUGCUGACUGAUCACGUUCAAAUACAUUGGAAGAUAUGGUAA